AAUAACAUGCAUAAACAUAGUGUUUGCGCGUUUUAUUAAUUGAUUUGCAUAUAGUUUAAAGAAUUUUCUAUUAUCUCCCAUUUAAGUGUACUUACGUUUUGGAACUACGUCCGUUCGAUGACACUUAAUUAAACGUCUUACCUCAAAUAUUUGUAUUUAAGAACUGAAAAUGGCUAGUGAAGUCGAAGAUACAUUAAAACGGAUUCAGUCUCAUCGUGGAGUUAUCGGUACUAUUGUAGUAAACUCUGAAGGCAUUCCUAUAAAGUCUACUUUGGAUAAUUCAACAUCUGUUCAAUAUGCUGGAUUGAUUCAACAAUUAGCUGACAAAGCAAGAAGUGUUGUUAGAGAUUUAGAUCCGUCUAAUGAUUUGAUGUUUCUAAGAAUGCGUACUAAAAAACAUGAGAUAAUGGUCGCACCAGAUAAAGAAUUCAUAAUGAUUGUUAUUCAAAAUCCAACCGAAGCACAGUCAUAAAUUACAUUUUUAUUAUUGUAACAAACCUCAUUACCUAUGCACUAAUAAUAUAUUAAUAGUUUUUA